AUGGCGGAUAAGUGGGAAACGAAGCAAUCUGUUGAAAAACCUACGAAAUUACUAAAUGUGAAGGAUGAGCCUAUGGAUAUUGACUUACCCGAAGAAGAUGAUGUUCCGCCUGCGUUCGGCCCUGCUGCACUUGGACUGCACAGAGUGGGUACUCAAUUACCGCCAAAACCAACGCCAAGUGAACCAAUGCAAAAGCUAAAUGCUAGAGGGAUGCCUGCUCGCAUACGCAAAAAAAAUCGAUUCAUAUUUGUUGAUGAUUUUGUAAAUACUUCUCCUCCUAGACAGUCUCCUAAACGUAGCCCUAAAAUACUUAAAACUCCUUCUAAAAUAUCCAAUUUCAAAAAACAAAAAUCACCUUCUAAAUCUCCUGUAAAACCUCAAAAGUCCAUUGAAAAAAAUGAAGAAAAGGUAGAUAUUGCAUCUCCAGAUCCCAAAAGUGGACAAAGAAUUGGUAUGAGACUAAGAAAUCUUUUAAAACUACCUAAGGCACAUAAAUGGGUAUGUUUUGAGUACUUUUAUAGUAAUAUAGAUAAAGCUUUGUUCGAUGGAGAGAAUGACUUUAUGAUUUGUCUUAAAGAGUCUUUUCCUAAAUUAAAAUCAAGUAAAUUCUCUAAACUGCAAUGGGCAAAAAUAAAACGAAUGAUGGGUAAACCUCGUAGGUGCUCACAAGCCUUUUUUGAAGAGGAAAGAAGAGAAUUAGAGAGAAAAAGGAGAUUAAUACGAUAUAUUCAACAAAGGAAAACAUCAGACAUAUGUGUCAAAGAUUUACCUAAUGAGAUUCCCAUGCAGUUGGUUGUUGGAACAAAAGUAACAGCUCGCUUACGUAGACCACAAGAUGGACUAUUUACAGGUGUUAUUGAGGCUGUUGAUACAUCUAAUAAUACCUACAGAAUAACAUUUGAAAGGCCUAAAUUAGGAACACAUUCAGUCCCUGAUUAUGAAGUUCUAUCAAAUGAUAAUCCUGAUUCCAUACUUUUAUCCAGUAUAACACAAAAAUUUAGACCUCGUCCAUUGCAAGAUGCAUUAAACUCAUACCAAUUAUCAUUAACAAAGAAUAAUCAAGGAGACCCAAUGAUAGGGUGCAAUGAUAUUUUAAAUCAAAUUGAUAAUACAGUUGGUCCUUAUCCAUUUGGUUUUCUGGAAUUAAUUGUAAAAUUAACAAAGAUAUUGCAAAUAAAACGUAAUAAGAUCAAUAAAUUAAAGGAUUUAAAUAGUGAGGCUGAAAAACGAAAAUCUUUUGACCAAAAAACACCUGAGGACUUUGAAAGGAAAUAUGCUGCAAUUGUAAUUGAGCUUGAGCGAAUGAACAUGGACUUGCAAGGAUAUAUCAAUGAUAUUCAAGUGUAUUGCCAACAGAUAGCUCCAGGUCCAAGUCUAGCUGCUAUGUUAGCACCGUCUCACUUAAGAGAAAAAUGCCGUGAAGAAGCUUCUGAACUAGUACAGAAUCACAAUAAUGGUGCAGUAAAAGAUAGAAAUACAGUAGACCUAAUUACCGACUUAACAGCCCUAAUGUUACAAGUUAAAAGCCUUUCAAAUUCAGAUCAAAAUGCUUAUGAACUAAGUGUUUUGCAAGGAACAAUGGAACAGAUAAAAUUGAAAUUACCACUAAAAUAUCAAAAAAUAUUUCAAACUAGUGUUGAACCUCACAUGCAAAGAAUUCAAAUGGGCUUAGGUCAAAUAUCAACAAAUAGCUUGAUUGUAUCAUAA